AUGCGUUUUACCAAGGGUUUUUUGUUUGCAACAGUAGAAGCAGCUAAUGAAUUUGAGGAACAACGUACACGCUUUUUUACAGAAAAUGAAAUGCUAGAUGAAUAUAUGGAGGCUAGACUUGAUUUGGCCAAUUUGCCAUUCCUCGAAAGGGUAUUAGUUAUUCGAGAUAAAACUAAUGAACGGAGACUGCAACGUCGUCGAAAAGCGCAGAUUCUGAAUAAUAAUAACAAUAAUUUGACAAGAGCGCCAGAUGUUUUAAAUCCCACUCAUGGCCAAGAACAACAAGAGGAGCAACGCACAUUACUUUCACCUCGCACCUCAUCAUUAAACGACCCUUGGUGGCUUUCACCAUGGGUGUUCUGGCCAGCAAGUAUUUUCCUUCUUAGUUGGCCAUUACGAAUGUUAGCUGAAUAUAAAACUGGUUAUGUACACCUCCAAGUGUGUAAAUUAUUUGGCACCAACUAUUUGAGCCCUUCGAGCAUCAAUUAUACUGGUCCAUUAACACGCACAUCUACGAUGGAUAGUCAUGAGUUGAGCAUGGCAAACCGACAGAACUAUGUUGUUGUUCCAAGCUAUAGUGAAGCGAUAUUGCUUGACCCAUAUAACAACACUCAAUUGCCUAAUUCUGGAAGAUCCCAGUUAUUUUCCUCGCCUCAUAGGUCAUCAACAGCUCAACAGCAAGUUAGACAAGGUCAAUAUGGGUCAACAGGACAUCAUUUUAUGUUAAGGAUGGCUUAUGGCGAAGGUUCACCGAAACCAUUGAGGCCCACACGCAGCGCAACCAUAGCUUGUUUCAAUACUAGUGAAAAAUUACAAGUACAUAACAAUGCAACGCGUAGACAUCUUCCCCGUCCAUCAACAUUAUUUGACAGACGACAAAUCCAAUUCCCACGUUCUAUAACAUUUUCAGAAGGAAUAGGUCCGAGAUAUAAUAGUCUAUCUAACGAACAGCAAAAUGUUGGAGAAUGUUCGGACAGAACACCUCUUUUACAACAACAUUUAACAAUGGAAAUAAAUGAGCAACCCCCUCAGGAUGGGGAACCUCCACCACCAUAUGAGGCAAUUUUAAAUUACAAUCCAUUUUGA